AUGCCGAGUCACACAUGUGUAGAAGGUGAAGAUGUCGAUGAAGUAAAUAUAGAAGAUGUUGUGAAUGUGGAAGAUGAAGUUCAUGUGGAUGUUGAUGUGAAUGUGGAAGAUGGAGGCCGUGUGGAUGAUGGAGUGAAUUUGAUUUCUUCUUCAAGUAGUGGUUUAUUGGAGCCAUUCAUCGGUAUGGAAUUUGAUGACGUAGAAGAUGCCCAAGCAUUUUAUAAAGCAUAUGCAAGAAGAAAUGGUUUUGCCAUUCGUACCAAUCAUACCCGAUUGUCGAAAGAGGAGAAAAAACUUAUUGCAGUAGACUAUGUUUGCUCAAGAGAAGGAUUUCGACGAGAAAGGAGCAAACAUGUAGAAAGAACAAUUCCGGAAACUGCAGAAACAAAGAUUGGAUAUGAGAGAUCAAGGGCGGCGUAUCAAUAUUUUGGGGAUGUUGUCACAUUCGAUGCUACAUAUUUGACAAAUUUGUAUAAGAUGCCAUUUGUGCCAUUUUCUGGAGUUAACCAUCAUCACCAAACCAUCAUGUUUGGUUGUGCUUUGUUAGUAAACGAAACAGCCGAAUCCUAUGUUUGGUUAUUGAGAACAUGGCAAGAGGCAAUGCUUGGGCGUGCCCCUUCAACCAUAAUUACUGAUGAUGACAAAGCUAUGGCGAAAGCCAUUGUAGAAGUACUCCCAAAUACAACUCAUAGGUUGUGCUUGUGGCAUAUUUUACAAAAAUUUUCCGAACACUUGGCUCAUGUGUAUAAUAGAUUUCCAGAGUUUGGUAAAGAUUUCCGUCAUUGUAUUCAUGAAACAAUUACAAUUGAGGAAUUUGAGCAGGCAUGGAGUUUUAUAUUAGUGAAGUAUGCAUUAGGAGAUAAUGCUUGGCUGCAAGGUCUUUAUAACCGACGUGAGAAGUGGGUUUCGGCUUACUUGCGUUCAACAUUUUGUGCAGGCAUGUCAACAACUCAAAGGAGUGAAAGCAUGAAUAAGUUUUUUAAGGAUUAUGUUCAUUCAAGCACGAUGGUGAGUGACUUUGUGCAUCAAUAUGAGAAAGCAUUAGAUGCACGUUACUUUAAAGAAAAGGAAAAAGAUGUGCGAACAAAAUCUACACGGGCAAUAUUGAAAACGGGUUACAAAAUUGAAGAAGAGGCCGCCAUAGUUUACACGAGGAAAUCUUUUAUGAAAUUUCAAGAGGAACUUUUUAAUAGCCAACGAUACAAGUCAACCAAAUGUCGAAGUGAUUGUGAAAGCAAAACAUAUGGGGUGACACUUCAGGGUAAGGAAACCCCUAUCUAUUAUGUGACAUUGGAGAGUGGUCAAGAAAAGGCGACAUGUACAUGCCAUAUGUUUGAGUUUGUGGGACUUCUCUGUAGGCAUAUCCUAUGUGUAUUCGGCAAGAAAUUUAAAUUAGAUAGUUUGUCACAGCAUUAUGUUCUAGAAAGAUGGACUGUGAAGGCUAAGAGUCGACUUAUUCUUGAAAUACCUGUUCCUGAAGGGCAUGUAAUGGCACAAGAUAAUCCAGCAAUGAUAAAAAACAAGCUGAUGAUGCAAUUUUACGACGUUGCAGAACUUGCCUCCAAGUCACCAAGAAAACUCAACCACCUCUCCCUUGCCUUAGAGAAGGUCACAAAAGAGUUAGAGUUGAUGGACCUGACGCUACAGGACCCUCCACAGGUGCCAACCAAAGGGCGCCCAAAAUCUGUGAGAGCAAAAAAUCCAAAAGAGACGCAACCAACAAAGAAAAUGCGUUGUGGCAUUUGUAAAAUGGAAGGACAUGCUAGGAAUAACUGUCCUUCAAUGAGGGAUAUUGCACAUACACCUGAGGUCGAUUACCAAAACUUGGAUGCUUAA